GAGUUCAUCACCAUCAACGCGAACUCCCUGGGCACGCUGGAGCGGGUCAUGAUGCAGGUGCGCUACUUGGUGCAGACGCUCGCCAUCAUGGCACAGGAGCUGCAGGCCGACGAGCACAGGAUUAACUUGUUCGUCGGGCGCAUGGAGAAGCUGGGCUGGAGGCUUGGCAUCGUGCCGAGCGUCAAAAAGGAGGGAAGCUGGAGUGGGGGAGUCUUGGUGGCCACGCGGUGCCGCCAGGGCAUGGACUUCGCACGGAGAGGUAUCAACAGCUGGGACAUCUCACCGCCAGCCUCGAGGGGAAGACUAGCCGUGGCAUGGCUAGAUGGAGUGUGCAAGGGAGGCCUGCUCUUCGGGUCGGCUUACCUUUGGACCAGCGAGGGCCUCACGCGCAGGAACGAGCUGAUCCUCACCAAGUGGGCGAGCGUCGUCAACGCCACUGGCUACCAGUGGGUGCUCGUGGGCGACUUCAACAUGGACCCGCACGUCAUCAGGGACUCGGGGCUGCUCUGCAGGAUGAACGGGAUCAUCGUGCACGACAGGCAGCAGGGCUCUUGUACGAUGCUCGGGCAGCAGUACGACAGAGACUACUUCAUCGUCUCGAAGAGCCUGGUCCUCGGGCCGCUGGAGGCGACGGUGCAGAACGGCUACAACGUGUCGCCGCACUCCCCCGUCGUGCUUCGGCUCGCGAGGCAGCACAGGGACGACCGGAUGGUCUACGUGCUCCAGAAGCCGCAGCGGUGGCCGCUGGAGUUACCCAUGGGGUGCGCGACGCUCCCAACGCAUUGGCCUCGCCCUCUGCCGAGGCACGGAGGGCACAGCCAGGACGUCAUGGAUGACCACUGGCGGGCGCUGGGCGUGGCCUACGAGGAGCACCUCAACCGCUUCCACAACUUCGAGGGAGAGGAGUUGACGCGGCGGCAGGGGCACUACGAGCAGGCCAUCUACAAGUGGACCUACACGGAGGCGCCGAGGCUGAAGGAGGCGUCCAGGGAGCAGGCCUGGGCAGAGGCAGCCGAGUGGCUGUCACGACGGCUCAGGCAACUGACAAACUUCGUGACGCGCUGGUGGACCAGCGAGACCGACGAGACGAGGCGGCAGGCAAUCCACGUGGCCGACACCAUGUUGGCCCACGAGAUCGUCAUGCCGCUGAUGAGGGCGGCCCCGGAGGCCCUCGCGGCGGCCCCGCCAGGGGGCUCCCUGGGAGGCCUGCAGCCCGCCACCGAAGAGGCAGCUGCCGGGGCCGCUGGAGACGACCCUGCUGGGGGCGCCGCACCGCAGCGGUGCCCUUUUGCAGUUGGCCCGCAGAGUGAAAAGGGCACCGCGUGGGAAGACGAGGCGGCGUCGCUGGUGUCGGAGAACGAGGACACGUCCCUCCCCGACCUCCCCUGCGAGGAGGCGGAAGUGGUACAGAGCCGCCUCGCGGCUGGAGCGCUACCCCGCGGGGGGGAGCAGCCGGGCGCCGAGGAGCAGCUCACCUGGGACACAGUGCAGUGGCCCGCCAUCGUGAACACGGUGGGCAGCAUCGAUGUGACGUCGACAGGCUGGAAGAGGUGGCUACGUGACCACGGAGCAGCAAGCGCGGGGGCCAUACACAAGUGGACCAAGCCGCACGUGCCGUGGCAGCCGACUGCGCCACCACAGAACGAGAACAUCAGCGAGCACGCGCUCGCGCACCCCCAGGAGGCCGCUGAUCACUCGCUCGCGGGCUGGGAGGAGGAGUACAGGACGCCACCCAUCACGCCCAAAGAAGUGCUGGACGCCAGUGACAAGUUCCGCGCCAAGACGGGCCUCGGAGAGUCGGGCUGGCAUCCGCGACUCUGGAAGCAGGGAGGCGUCCAAGGGGCAGCGCGCGUGGCAAGCGUGCUCAACGCGGUGGAGGCAGGGUCACCAUGGCCCGAGCCUCAAUCCACCAUCCUGUUCUACCUGCUCGCGAAGCCCGCAGGAGGUUACAGGAACCUCGGCUUGAUCCCAGAGCUGGCGAGGUUGUGGGAGACCAUCCGGUUCCCUUUCGCCAGGCGCUGGGAGGAGGCGAACAGACGGGCUUAUGACUGGGCUGCCAAGGGCCGCUCAAGCGAGCGGGCGGCCUGGGUCCAGGCGCUCUUCUGCGAGGCGACCGUCGGGGAGGGGCUGGAGUACGCCGUGACGUACUUCGACUUGGUCAGGUGCUUCGAGUACGUGACCCACGAGCUGGUCUGGAAGGCGGGCUCGCGGUGGGGCUUCAACCGCCUCAUCCUGAAGGUCGUCCUCAGGAUCUACGCGAUGGUGAGGCGCAUCGUCCUCGACGGGUGCUACACGCGUGGGCGGCGCUGGGCCAGGGGCAUUGUGGCAGGAAGCAGGUUCGCACCCCUCUGCCUCAAGAUGGUCCUAUACAUGGAGCUGGACGGGGUCGUCGAGGCCUUCCCCUGGGCGGACACCUGCCUGUUCUUCGACGACCUGGCGAUGGCGACGCACGGCGUCAGGGAGUUCGUGCAGUACUGGCAUUCCCAGCUUGUGCAGACGCUGAUCAACAUGUUCGAGGUGGUCCUGGACAUGCGGGUCUCCCGGGGCGAGGGGGGCAAGACGGUCACCCUGGCUUCGACCUCGGCCUUGAACGCGGAGCUCGGCAAGCGCAUCCGCACCCACGGCGUGAGGAUGGUGAAGGAAGAGAAACACCUCGGCGUUACGACGGCCGCGGGCAGAUACCGGCGAGUGGGGGCUUUCAGCAAGAGGGCAGUCAAGUUCGCCGCCAGACGGGAUCGGAUCGCGAGGGUCCGGCGAGCCGGGGGACCCGCACACAAGGUGAUCAGGCACGCCAAGGUGCCGUCGCUGCUCUACGGCGUCAAUGUCAUGGGUAUGGCCGACACCAAGCUGGGCGAGCUGCGGCAGAGCGUGGCGACGGCCAUGGCUGGUAAUGCGAAGGGGCGGUCCACGUACCUGACGCUGCUGGCCGACGACGUAGACCCAGGCAUUCUGGCCAACGCGUCCCCGAUCCUGGCGUGGGCGCAGACCUGGCAAGAAGCAGAGGACGACCCGAGUCUCGUGCCGAGGCUCCAGGUGAGAGGCCCAGCAGGGGCCUUCGUGGCGACGGUCAAGAGGCUCGGCUGGAUGACCCAGGCGGCGCAUUCGAUUGCCAUCGGCACCAACAUCAUCGACCUGAGGACGAUUCCCCUCCACGAGCUGCAUCACUACGUCCGCGCCGCCACCGAGCAGGGCCUCAAGGACGCGUGGUUGGCCAAGGGGGGGAGCGAGUUCAACGUGCAUUCGGUCUUCGUUGAGCCUGUGAGGGCGCUCCUGCGGCGGCCAUGCCGCGGGCGCUGGACGCAGGCGCACCAGACGCGCGUGAGGACGCUCUGGUGCGGGGGCACGUGGCCGCAGGCGCGGCUGCAUGCCAAAGGAGCGGCACCCGACGCCAUCUGCAAGGCGUGCAACCAGGGCGAGGGCACGGACAGACACCGCACCUUCGUCUGCGCGGCGCGGCAGGAGGAGCGUCGGCGCGUGGGUGGCGCCCACAUCGUGCAGCGAGGAGCCAACCCAUGGCCAGGGUCCGAGCAGCUCUGGGGCCGUGGGCUGGCCAACGACCCCGCGGUGGAGCUCGGCCUGUGGGACAUCGCCGUCGCCGACACCAUUCACGUCGAGGGCGACUUCGCGGGUUUCGCCGCGGGCCGAGUGUACUCCGAUGGCAGCCUGUUGUACGGCAAGUACGCUGCCCUACGACGCGGAGGUUGGUCAUUCGUGCAGCUGAACGAGGACAUGUCCUUGAAGUACGCAUGCUACGGGCCCCUGCCAAGGCCACAGUGGCAGCAAUCCAUAUUCCUGAGCGAGCUGAUGGCCGUGCUCCGCGUGCUGGAGGUGGCUUGCCCGCCCAUCAUCAUCGUCUCCGACUGCCAGUCGGUCAUCGACGGGUUUCUGAGAGGGCCCUCGUGGGCG